AUGGCCGAAGCUGUAGCCCAACCAGUUGAAACUGUUGCACCAACAUUUGCACCAAAACUUUUCAAUAAAUGGAGUUAUGAUGUUACUGUUAGUGAUAUUUCACUCAAAGAACUUCUUGCAAUUAACAGUAAACUUAAGUAUCAAGUCUUCCUUCCACAUACUGCUGGAAGAUAUCAAAUUAAACCAUUCAGAAAGAUUCAAUGUCCAAUUGUUGAAAGAUUAGUUUGUUGUAUGAUGCAACAUGGAAAGAAUUCAGGAAAGAAACUUCUUGCUAUGAGAGUUGUUGAAGAGGCAUUUGAAAUCAUUCACUUAUUAACUGAAAAGAAUCCAAUUCAAGUAUUAGUUGAUGCUAUUAUCAAUGCAUCUCCAAGAGAAGAUUCAACUCGUGUUGGAACAGGAGGAAAUGCUAAGAGACAAGCUGUUGAUGUUUCACCAUUAAGAAGAAUUAAUCAAGCUCUUUAUUUAAUGACUAUGGGAUGCAGAAAUGCUGCAUUCAGAAACUCUAAAACUCUUGCUGAGUGUCUUGCUGAUGAAAUUGUCAAUGCAUCUAAAUCUAACACUGCUUCAUUUGCCAUUAAGAAGAAGGAAGAUAUGGAACGUGUCGCUAAAUCUAACAGAUAA